AUGUUGUCACGCUUCCUUCCCCUCAUUUUUAGUCUCGGGCUUUUAUGCAAAAGUGCCCACACGACAGUCGCUACCAAUGGGACCUACGACUACAUUGUCGUGGGUGGUGGGACCGCGGGGCUUGUCAUCGCCAAUAGGCUUUCACAGGACCCGUCAGUCACAGUUGCUAUCAUAGAGGCAGGCGGCUCUGUCUUCAAUGACCCGAGAGUGCAAAACACGACCAGCUUCGGCCUAUCACUUGGCUCUGAACUUGAUUGGCAAUAUACCACUCUUCCGCAAAAAUAUGCUGCAAAUGACAGCCAGGUUUACCAUGCUGGGAAAGCCCUCGGUGGGACUAGCACCAUCAAUGGCAUGACAUAUAUCCGGUCCGAAACAGUUCAAAUCGAUGCCUGGGAGAAGCUCGGGAACAGCGGCUGGAACUGGAAUUCGCUGUAUCCUUACUACAAGAAGAGCGAACACUUUAUCCCACCCACACCAUCUCAAGCAGCUAACGGGGCAGCUUACAACCCCGAAUACCACGGUUUCGAUGGGCCUUUGGCUGUAGGCUGGCAAUAUGCUGCACCGCAGCGGAACAACUCUGCCGCCAUUAUCAAGGCCACCUGGGAAAAUGUUGGCAGCCCAUACAAUGAAGACGUCAACGGGGGCUAUAUGCGUGGAUACAGUGUUUGGCCAUUCACCGUCAACGCAACCACGAGCAUCAGAGAAGACGCUGCAAGAGCGUACUACUAUCCUGUCCAGGACAGACCCAAUCUGCACGUCUAUUUGAACACUACGGCACUUCGACUGACCUGGGACGAUGAGGAAAAGUAUGGCAGCGAUUUGGCAGCAUCAGGAGUAGAGGUCUCUUCUAGCACAGGAACCAUCACAACCUUGAAAGCUGCAAAAGAGGUGGUAGUGUCUCUGGGGGCAACGCGGACUCCAUGUUUCCUGGAGUACUCUGGUAUUGGAAAUCCUGCCAUCCUCCAAAAAUACUCCAUCCCCGUCCGCAUCGCCCUCCCGACCGUCGGCGAGAACCUCCAAGACCAAGUCAACGUCGCCCUCGCCGGCACCCUCUCCCCCAACGACACGACCACCUUCCUCGACUACCCCCCGCAAGUCACCUACGCCACCCUCACCGACCUUUUCUCCACCUCAGACCUCUCCGCCCUCGAAGCCUCCGUCCGCGCCGCCAUCCCCUCCUACGCGGCCCUCAACGUCGCCAACAGCGGCGACCCCGACUCUUCCUCCUCCUCCUCCUCCUCCUCCAACAACAACUCGACAGCCAUCCAAGAACACCUCCUCACCCUCCAAGCCGACCUCCUCUUCGCCAACGCCGCAACCCUCCCCCUCGCCGAGAUCCUCAGCGCGCCGAUGAGCGCGGCCGGCGCCGUCGCGCUGCCGACGUGGGCGCUGCUACCGUUCGGCCGCGGCAGCAUCCACAUCUCCGCUGCGUCGCCGCUCAGCGUAGGCGGCGCAAACGCGAGCAGUUCGCCUGCGAUCAACCCGAAUUUCUUCAUGAACCCGUUCGACAACGCCGUGCAGGUCGCCGCGAUGCGGUACGCGCGGCGGGCGCUGGUGACGGCGCCGUUGGCGGGGUACGUGGUGGGCAUGGCGGCGCCGACGGUGGGGGAGGUGCCGAUGGAUGGCGACGAUGCGGCGUGGUUGGCGUGGGCGAAGGGGGUGUAUGGGUCAAACGCGCACCCGGUGGGGACGGCGGCGAUGAUGAGUCGGGAGUUGGGCGGGGUGGUGGAUGCGGAGCUGCGGGUGUAUGGGACGAGGAAUGUACGGGUUGUUGAUGCGAGCGUGUUGCCGUGGCAGGUGUGUGGGCAUUUGACGAGCACGAUUUACGCGGUUGCGGAGAGGGCGGGGGAUAUUAUUACGGGGAGUGCGAAGGGAGGGGACGAGUGA